AGAGAGACCGUUUCGGACCCAUCGUUCAUUCCGCACGUUUUCGGGCAAAGACAGGCAUUUGCUACGUGAGUAGCCUGUUGUAGCGCUGUGCUUACUUCCGUUGCCAUAGGAAUGAUGGCCUCCAAGCAGCAGCGCCAACUGCUGCAGGUGCUGUUUCGGAUGCUGGUUAUCCUGUACUUUUACCUCGAUGUCUUUGCUGUUAAUUAACUUUUUGUUUUUGUCUACAUGCUCUUCAAAUACAUGGUGCAAACCUGUCUAAUGAAAAUUGACAGCACUUGUGCUCAGAUUAGCGCGGAUUCUGGUGCUUGGUCCCCGAAUUGACGGGUUUAAAGUUUCCCAAUGAAUAUUCAUGGGGGGAAAAAUAACGAAUUAAUCCGUUGACUGCUCUAAUUACUUAUUGUAACGCUGUUUAGUUAUUUACUUUGUUUGACAGGAAAAUCCUCAAAUACACGUUCUCCUGAUCCUUUAUUUGUAUAGUUUUAUAAAGAAACGCACACACUUCACAAUGUACAUUAUUUCAUAGCUAAUCAAAUGGAACUAUUCAUAAGUAAAUUUUCACAUAUGUUUUACACGGGUAGCUCUACACACGCAAGGAUGUACGAGUUGUCCAUGCUACCAUAACAGCUGUGGUGACUUAUAAUUAAUGGAAUGGUAGACUGAAGGUUUCAUUUCAAAAAAUCGUUUUAACGAAAGCGUUUUAGAAUUCACAACUUUGGACGGCUAGGCCACAUACAAUCAUGCAUGCCGUUAAUAAUUAUAUGAAGUGACACUGUUUCACUUUGAUACUCGCCUUCUCAAUUGUCCGAGAGGGACGCGGGGUUUAAAACCAGUUUGCGUUUAAUAUUAUUUUCAACUAUGCAACAUUUGCAGAAUUAUAUCCGUCUUUCUUUCAUGUGCCAGCUGGGCAAAACGGGGCAGUCCAUUACGCAACAAGGUGUCCCCUUACUCCAAGUAUCCCACAAUCCAACCCCAGAUUCCUUGGAAAUACGCCCAUCUUGCAGAGCUUUAGUUCGCUGAAGCCAUUGUCACCGCUGCCAGCCAUCAGCGAAAAGGUAGGGGACUCAGCCUCAGGAUUCCGUUGUUGCUAUAGGCAAUAUGCGAUGUAACCCGAAAUGCGUUUUUUGUUUUUUGUUUUCUUAAAUUCAGCUAGAGGUAGCGCAGCAUCGGAUUUCAGGGAAAGUUGGUUCUGUAACUUGGCAUGCGCCACGUUUUCGUUUAUUGGGAAGCCUUGGUAUGGGUAAAUUCCAGAAAAACAAUGCGCACACUGAAGUUAAAUGUUUAGCGCUGUAGCCUAUUGUUCUUUCAUAAGGCUGCGAAUUCGUGUCUUAAUUACCUCACAUGGGGCUUAGAACCCCGGGUGGCCGUAGGGUUGACAUCAUCUUUUCCACUAACUUAUGUAACGCAGACUUUUAUCCGUUAUAAUGCGUAUUAGAGGAUGUAUAAUUUGUAAAUGAGAUGACCAUUUCUUAUGCAUGCAGGAAGCAUUUUAUUCAAACUUGGGCGAUAGAUAAUUUUUGCGAGAAAAUAAGUUUUGGUCUGACUUCCAAAUGGCACGUAAUUUGGUUGGAUGGGGAGAUGGGUCACCUGUAAUCACUGGUUUUACUUUUUCACAUUCCUGCUGUGAUACAGAUGCUUUAGCUGUCACGCGUCUUCAUGACUCUAUACUGACCACAGUACAUUUUAUUAUAAAGUUUUUAAUGCACAUGAGAAAUCCACUGGCAUGAAUAAAAGUGAUACAACAUUCAUACAGUAAAUUCUCUUAUCAACGACUCUGUUAAAGUUUUUUUGUCCUCAAACAAAAUGCCUUCCACAAGUACCUACCAUUUAAUUCAGUGAUGCAAAAUAUUUACAAAUUCAUGGCCACAUACAUGUACUUGCAGUAAAAUGAUGUUUUAUUUUUUAAUCAGUUGGGGAAAAUAUAUAAGCAGCAUAUUUAAUAAUAGAUUGAAUAGGCCACGCAUCUCUGAUAUUUCAGAUAUUUCCACCCUUGUGAGAGAGCGCAUUUGGUCACGUGUACUGACCUUUCUCUCUGUUUCACCUCUUUUUCGCGGUCUGAGGAAGAGGACGAGAGAUGGCGGAAGUUGUGCACAUGAUUGACAGCGAGGUGUUCCUGGCCUUUUCCACUUACGCCACCAUCGUCAUCCUCAAGAUGAUGCUCCUGUCUCUCCUGACUACUUCUUGCCAGCUCAGGAGAAAGGUGUCUGUUGAUCAUGAGGACACUGUAUUUGUGAAGAGCGAAGAUGACCAAAGGAAGGCUGUGCGUGCAGGCCCCGAUGUGGAGCGUGUCAGAAGGUGGCAUCAGAAGGACCUGGAGAACAUCGUCUCCUUUGUGCUGAUCGGACUGCUGUACGCCCUGACCGGACCGGACCUCCACGUUGCACUUCUACACUUCCGGGUCUUUCUAUGCUCCCAGAUCGUCCACACCGUGGCGUAUAUGACCUCCCUGCCCCCGCCUACCCGAACCCUCGCGUUUUCAGUAGGCAUCGUUUGCACCUUGUCUAUGGUGUACAGAGUGCUCUGUACCGCAUUUUACCUCUAGGGGGCGCCAGGUUCAUCCACACAACCUAACGGAGAAAAGAGUUGAAAGGUUCUGGAAGUCUGGAAAUGAUCAGUGACAGUGUUAUAAAAGAAGUUUCUCCAGCAUGAGAGGUGCAUUUUUUUUGUUUUAAUGUGUUGUUAAAAGAAAUGUUUCCUUUCCAGAAAGGAAAUUAAAUUGUGCUUAAAUCAAAAAUUACCUUUUUCUUUAGAAUGUUUCUCUAAAAUUCAUGAAGACUGAGAAACAUAAAGUCUUUUGAGGUCUCCAUAGGCCAGCCAAUAGUUUUAGACUGUGGAAGGAAAUCAAGCCACAUAUUUUAAUAUACAGGGCAGAAACUCAACCAAACGUGACAAAUAUCUUCACUGCCUUAAAAAAAACCUGUAUUGCAAUCGGUCAUGGGUUUAAAUACUGAAAUUACUAUAGAUUAUUUUUCAAUAAAUAGCACUUUAUAAGGGAUAUUAAUUGGUUAUUGACGUUACAUCCCAUCCUGGUCAAAUUUUUGUAAUGUGUAAAAGUUCCCAUUAACUGAAGACAAAGCAACGUUAAGAGAAAUAUUGCCACAGGCAUCAUAUAACCUGUUUGCACUGGACCUACACCAGGCUCUGUAGAGAGCCAAAUCUGAGAUGAUUGCCAGUUAAUUCAAUUAAUUAAUUUCAUUGAAUCAAA